CGAAGAACACGGCUAAGUCUCAACUAUAAAAUUAGUACUAUAACUAAUCCAAACCUAACCACUUGCGAAUAAUCUAACCGGAAAAAUUAAGUGGCAAAAAAAAAUUUGGACGUUAACUAAAAAUCAUGAACAUGCAACAUGGUUAUCUGGCAAUUUGGUUCCUCGUCGUUUUCGUUAUCCAAGGGUUUCGAUUGUAUGAUCCAAAUGUUUCCUAUGAAGUAUUUCUUCUAGAAGAACAAGCAAAAUAUGAGCAAAUAACUGAUAACAAAAUUACUGAAAUUGUAGAUCUUGCAAUGGCUAAAAAAAAUUUUCCGAAAAUAAACCGUAAAGAAAUCGUCAUGUUUUUUCAUAGUGCAAAUUUUGACGUGAAACGCGCUAGUACCAUGAUAUUCAAACAUUAUGAAUAUCGGCGACAAUUGCCACAAAUAUUUCACAGCCAGGAUGAAGAUCCAGAAAUAAAUGAUUUAGACGAAGUCAAAAAAGUCGUGAGUUGUUCUAUAUUGUUUAGUGAUUCAGAUUUGUAUACACCUAAUGAUCGUUACGUAUACACGCAAUUGAUAAAUACCAAUGGUAGCGAGUAUAACUUUAAGAAGACCGUCAAAUACUUUUUUUUCAUGAUAAAAUGUUUACUCAUAAAGUACGGAACGUUUGACGGUCUUGUUGUGGUCUUGGACGGAAAAGGCUUCAAUAGAGGUCACAUUAAACCAUUCGUGCAAAGUGUACUUCUAGGCAGAACUUUAUUGCAUCUCAUACAAAAUGCUCCACCGUUGCGGAUAAAAAAAGUUUACAUUGUGAAUACAAAUGACUUCGUAAAUAUAGUAUAUUCAGCCGCCUCCAGGUUGGCGUUAUAUGAAGAUUUUCGUCAAAAGAUUGUACUUUGCGAUGAAAAAAAUUCGGAACGGGUUUUCGAUCAUGUCCCCAGAGAAAUUAUGCCUGCUGAAUAUCCGGGAGGGAAAGGGCCAAGCCAUACAGUCCAAGCCGCAAGAACAUAUGAGCUUAUGCGAAAUUUACAUAAUAAAUAUAGAUCAUACGCUGAUAAUGCACCAUCAUCAAGUAGCCCAACGGGCCCUAAAGCCCCAAAUUCGAAUUCGAAAGCCGGUCCAAGUGGCCAGUCCGUCACCGGAGAGGAUUGAGGAUUUAUUUGUAUUAGAGUUAAAAUUAUAGUAAUUAUAUCGGUAAUAGUACCAUCAGUUAGCCAACUUAAAUUGUAUAAUUUUUAUAACAAUAAGCUAAGUAAUGAUUACUAAAGACUACAAGUAAUAUUUUUAAACAAUUAACAGUAGAGCAAAUAAAAAAUAAAUAACUAAUUAU